UAGUGUCGUUUGUUUGUCGUCUAGUCGGUUGACUGAUGAUCCUAUUUUGCGUCAAAACGUGUACUAGUGUUCUGUCAAUUUGAUUCUCAAAAUAUAGUAAUAACUUUGUUCUAAAAAGAGAUCUUGUAUACCCUUUCCAUUCACUUAUUCUACGGAGUACUCUAACCUGAUUCUUCCAGUUAUGGUGUAGCAGAAACAAAAUUGUGAGAUUAGGUUACUUUGGGAUAGGAAUUAUAAGAGUAGUUCGAUAAAUCAUGGAAGGUAACGCGUGUCUUGCUCUUCCCAUAUCUAUAGUUAACCGUGCCAUAACCUCAGAAGAGCGUGACCAGUAUGUGAUCAGCCUCUUGCAAAAUAGUUUGCCCUCGUCAGACAAAGACUCAUUUACAGGGGAUUUGAAAAAAACAUUUAUGUUCAACAAAGUUAAGACAAAACACCGUCGCCGCAAGUCAACGAAAAAAACAUUUUUAACUAAUAGAAAACGAAUAGCUCUUGGUUUGAAUGAGCUGAAAAAUGGUAUAAACUUGGAGUACAAAGAUGCUUUAGCGCUGAACGAAAUGUGGUUAGAAUAUAUGCGGCAAAUGCUUGACGUUCAUGACUUCACGGACUUACCAGAGACUCCGGUGAAAUCAAAAUUUGAGAUAAUGGGUCAACAUAUGAUAAAAGCUGAUUUUCAUGGAGCAAAGAUCACCGUUGUCAGGUCUAAGUGCCCCAGCUUGGUCAACAUCUCUGGCAUCAUUCUACAAGACACAAAAUGUACAUUCAGAGUUCUUGGAGAGGAUAACAUUUUACGAACAAUUCCCAAAGACACAUCCGUAUUCAAAAUACAAUUAGGUUCUGUAAAUUUACAAUUAUUUGGAAAAAAGCUCUGCUACAGACCUGCUGAGCGAUCGGUUAAAAAAGUAAAAACUACUUAUAUAUCCGAUUUGUAGGUAGAGUCACACAAAUGAAAGUCCCCUAUCAUCUGAUUAUUAUUUAUAAUUUUUGAGAACAUCUUACAUGACACAAACUUAGUCGAUAGCAAGUAUAUUUUUCAGAAAUAUGGAUUUUGCUUUAAAUGUAUCGAGGCAUAAAAAUAAACAUCGGACAAUUCUUCAUCAAACAGGCAUUUGUUUAUUUCUCACUGUGUGUAUUUACUUGACACAGUUUCUUAAAUAUCUUACAGCAAAAACAAUUGAAUGCGAUCCAGAUCUUUGAUCACCCAUUCUUGAUAGUUAGCUUUAUGUAUCAUUUAUUCCGAUUUUUUUUUGUUUUUUUUUUUUCAAUAAUAUUAAUCCAUAUCAUAUGUUUACUACUUACAUAUUACACUAAAUACCAAUAUAAUAUAUCAUUAUAUAUUUAUAAUAUAUAUGUAUAAUUA